AUGGCGACGACUGUGGACAAGAUCAAGGAGAUCGAGGCCGAAAUGGCUCGGACUCAAAAGAACAAGAACACAUCAUUUCAUUUAGGACAACUGAAAGCUAAGCUCGCGAAGCUAAAGAGAGAGCUGCUUACUCCUUCCUCGAGCGGCGGAGGGGGCGGAACUGCCGCUUACGAAUUCACUACCUUAACGACUGUUCCCGGCCAGGUGAUAUACAAUGGUGCGAAAAUCCAAAUACUCGAUCUUCCAGGCAUCAUUCAAGGUGCCAAAGAUGGCAAAGGUCGGGGUCGGCAGGUUAUUGCCGUUGCCAAAACCUGCCAUCUCAUUUUCAUCGUUUUGGACGUGAAUAAACCCUUGACGGAUAAAAAAAUUAUCGAGGCAGAAUUGGAAGGCUUUGGGAUUAGGAUUAACAAGUCACCUCCAAACAUCGUAUUUAAAAAAAAGGACAAGGGCGGGAUUUCUAUCACCAGUACCGUUCCUUUAACGCAUAUUGAUCAUGACGAAAUCAAAGCUGUGAUGGGAGAAUAUCGGAUUUCGUCUGCUGACAUUGCCAUUCGGUGCGAUGCUACAAUUGAUGACCUCAUCGAUGUGUUGGAAGCGAAGAGCCGGAGUUAUAUCCCCGUAAUCUACGCAUUGAACAAGAUAGAUGCCAUAUCCAUUGAGGAAUUGGACCUCUUGUACCGAAUCCCAAACGCGUGCCCGAUCAGCUCUGAACAUGGUUGGAACAUUGAUGAGCUACUCGAAUUAAUGUGGGAGAAACUCGAUCUCAGGAGAGUCUAUACAAAACCAAAGGGGAAAAGUCCAGAUUAUUCCUCCCCUGUUGUUCUGCGGAGAACUGCUUGUACCGUUGAAGAUUUUUGUAACUCCAUUCACAAAACCAUCGUGGAUCAAUUCAAACAUGCGAUCGUUUACGGCCUAUGCAACAACUCCAUUCCAAUUUAUAACCCUUAUGUGCCGUGUCUCUUACGAAACUCGAACCCAUUGCUUACAAAAAAUCCGUUUGUGCAGUUACAAUUAUCAAGCGAUAGAGAUAUCAACCAAGAUAAAAACGCCCGCUGA